ACUCCUAGCAGUUCACCAUGGAGAACUCGAAAGACGAAGCAGAAAAUGACGAGCAACCCCUGGAACUGGAGCCAUUGCGGUCAUUAGCGCCAAUGUUCCCGACUCCUAUGGGAUAUGAUGUGGCAACUCAAUCAACCGAUCCACUGUUAUUCUUUGUCACGCCAUUCAGGCCCUGCUCCUCGCCAGAACGGCCUCAACAGUCUCCAUCUUCAUUUGCUCAACCCUUACCAAAGUCACCAAUUCCUCUGAAGGCUACUCCGAUCUCAGUGGCGUUUCCCAUUGCACGACAUGGAGAUGAAUCUUCGGAUGAAGAUUAUGAGCCCUUUCGUAAACAGAAAAAACCAUCAUCGCUGAAGACAGCCAAGAGGAUGCAGCCGGCUGGAGACUCCAACGAAGCCAAGAUCAAGCGCAGGCCAACAAGGAGAAGCCUCAACAAAGAGCUCGUCUCCUGUCCAUCCUCGUCAAGUGUCCCAAAUGAAUCUGUGGAAGCAAUCAUGAUGAUGUUUGAUUCACUCCGGCGCCGUAUACUGCAACUGGAUGAAAAGGAGGACGCAAGCAGGCGGGCUGACUUGAAGGCUGGUACUCUCAUGAUGCAGAAUGGCCUGAGACUCAGAAACCUGAAGACCAUAGGACACGUACCUGGUGUUGAAAUUGGAGACAUUUUCUUCUUCAGGAUUGAAAUGUGCAUUGUAGGUUUACAUGCACCUUCCAUGGCUGGUAUUGAUUACAUUUCCACUAAGCAUGUUGGAAAAGAUGAGACUAUGGCCGUUAGCAUUAUCUCAUCUGGUGGUUAUGAGAAUGAUGAUGAUGACAAGGAUAUUUUGGUGUACACAGGCCAGGGAGGCAAUAGUCGGCAUAAGGAGAAGCAUGACCAGAAGCUUGAAAGAGGCAAUCUUGCUCUUAUGAACAGCAUGAAAAAGAAAAAUCAGAUCAGAGUUGUGCGCAGCGCACUGGACCCCUUCUGUAACUCUGGUAAAAUUUACAUUUAUGAUGGGCUCUAUCGUAUUGAAGAUUCUUGGAUGGACAAAGCAAAGAAUGGUUUCAGUGUUUUCAAGUACAAGCUGAGAAGGGAACCAGGGCAGGCUGAUGGGAUUUCAGUUUGGAAGAUGACAGAGAAGUGGAAAGCAAAUCCUUCCACGAGAGAUAAGGUUAUACUGCUUGACUUAUCAUCAAAGAUUGAGAACCUACCUGUGCGCCUUGUUAACGAUGUUGAUGAUGAGAAAGGACCAGGCCACUUCAACUAUGUUACUGGAGUGAUGUAUUUGCAACCGCUUCGCAAGACAAAACCAUUACAGAGUUGCAAUUGCCCUAGUGUGUGCUUGCCAGGCGAUGCUAAUUGUUCAUGUGCACAACUGAAUGGUGGUGAUCUUCCUUACACCUCGUCAGGAUUGCUUGUGAAGCACAUUCCAAUGAUUUAUGAGUGCUCUUCUAAUUGUCAGUGUUCUCAACAUUGCCGAAACAGGAUCACACAGAAGGGUAUUAAGCUGAACUUUGAGGUCUUUUCGACUGGGGACCGUGGAUGGGGUGUCCGGUCUUGGGACCCGAUCCGUGCUGGCGCAUUCAUUUGUGAGUAUGCUGGUGAAGUCAUUGAUGAAACAAAUAUGAACAUGGAUGAUGAGGAAGAUGAAUAUACCUUUCACACAUCAUGGCCCGGUGAUAAGGUUUUAAGAUGGAACCUGGGAGCAGAAUUGCUUGAAGAACCAAGUGCUAAUGUCACAACUGAGAGCUUAAAGAAAUUACCGAUUGUCAUAAGUGCAAAAAAUUCAGGCAAUGUGGCUCGUUUUCUCAACCAUAGCUGUUCCCCAAAUCUCCUGUGGCAGCCCGUACAGUACAACCAUGGCGAUGACAGUUACCCACAUAUCAUGUUCUUUGCAAUGAAGCAUAUUCCUCCCAUGACUGAACUGACCUAUGAUUAUGGUACAAGAGGAGCUCCUCCUGGUAUUAAGGACAGACUUCCCAAUGCAUGCAAACUCAAGCCAUGCCUCUGCGGCUCUAACAAUUGCCGUGGUUCUUUCUGA